AUGUCAUUUGGUCUCAAGAAUGAUGGGGCCACUUACAUGAGAGCCAUGACAACCAUGUAUCAUGAUAUAAUUUACAAGGAAAUUGAAGUAUACGUAGAUGAUGUCAUUAUCAAAUCCCGUGAGAGUGCGGAUCAUUUGAUUAACUUGAAGAAGUUCUUUAAUCGUCUGCGCAAGUACAAUUUGAAAUUAAAUCCCACUAAAUGUGAAUUUUUGGAGUACCAGUCGCUGCUGAAAAAGGAUAUAUUGACAAAAUGGACUGAAGAGUGUCAAACAGCUUUCGAUGCUAUGAAAAGUUACUUUUCUAAUCCAUCAGUGCUAGUUCCUCUAAGGGAAGGAGAUUCAUUGUUGCUAUAUCUAUCUGUCUCAGAUAAUGCAUUUGGAUACGUGCAAGGUCAACAUGAUGAGACUGGGAAGAAGAAACGAUCAAUCUACUACUUAAGCAAGAAGUUUACUCCAUAUAAGAUGAAUCCAUUGAAGUAUAUCUUUCAGAAAGUGAUGCCCACCGGGAAGUUAGCACAAUGGAAAAUGUUGUUAAGUGAGUUCGAUAUUGUAUAUGUGACACAAAAGGCGAUAAAAGCACAAGCCUUAGCGAAUCAUCUCGAAGAAAAUCCAGUAGACGAAGCAUAUGAGUUGCUCAAAACUUAUUUUUUCGAUGAAGAGGUAUCAUUCGUAGGUGAAGAUAUCUCUGAGGCAUACCCUGGUUGGAGGGUAUUUUUUGAUGGGGCAGUGAAUCAUGAAGGAAAUGGAAUCGGAGCAGUCCUAAUAUCAGAAUCUGGCCAACAUUAUCCUAUGGCAGCCAAACUCCAAUUUCAUUGCACGAACAACAUGGCUGAGUAUGAAGCAUGCAUCAUGGGCCUAAGGAUAGCUAUCGAUAAGGAAAUUCAAGAGUUAUUGGUAAUCAGAGAUUCAGAUUUACUGAUUCAUCAGAAUGAAUUUGCUGAUGCUUUUGCUACUAUAUUCUUAAUGAUCAAACAUCCAGAUACAAGUUACAUUGACCCUGUGGAGAUAUAUUUGAAAGAACAACCCGCUCACUAUUUGUACGUCAAAGAAGAACCAGAUAAGAGACCUUGGUAUUUUGACAUAAAAAAUUAUCUAAAAAUCAAAACUUAUCUAGAUAAUGCGAUUUUCAAUCAGAAGAAAGCAAUACGUCGAAUGGCUAACAAUUUCUUUCUAAGUGGAGAAACCCUUUAUAGGAGAACUCCAAAUAUGGGACUUCACAGAUGUGUUGAUGCCGUUGAAGCUAUGAAGCUUCUCGAACAGAUUCAUGUGGGAGUUUGUGGAUCUCAUAUGAAUGGGCUUACCUUGGCGAAGAAGAUCCUUCGAUCCGAUUAUUUUUGGAUGACUAUGGAGUAUGAUUGUUGUAAGUAUGUGCAAAAAUAUCACCAAUGUCAAGUGCACAGUGAUUUUAUUCGAGUACCUCCUCACGAACUCAAUGCUAUGAGUUCUCGUUGGCCAUUUGUGGCUUAG